AUGGCGGCGGCGAGCGGCGGAGGGUUGAGGCAGUGGUGGCGGCGGCCCGCCGCCGGCCUGGGCCGGGCGGUGCGCACCGUUUGCGGCAGCGAGCGGGCGGCGGCGGAGCUACGGGCCGAGCAGCUGGCGGAGCGGCUGCGAGCGCGGAGGAGCGAGGAGGAGAAGCGAGAGAUCCCCAAAGACCCAGCUCAGAGACGGAUCCGGGAACUUGCCAUGCUGAGCAAGCAGCCGCAGCAGGUUCAUCCCAACGUCCUGGCCAAAAUGCUCAAGCAGGCAACCGUGUACCAAAACGAGGAGAUUGUGGUGAUCAACAAACCCUACGGCCUUCCCGUCCACGGCGGCCCCGGGAUCAAGAAUUGUAUCGCCGACGUGCUGCCGAUUUUGGCCAAGAUGUUGGAGAACAUGAAAGCCGAACCCCUCCACCUCUGCCACCGGCUGGACAAAGAGACCACGGGCGUGAUGGUGCUGGCGCGGAGCAAGGAGGCAGCGGAGAGGAUCCGGCUUCUCUUCAAAACUCGUCAGGUGGAGAAGAUCUACUGGGCAAUUAGCCUGGGGGACCCAGACCCCACCGAGGGCAUCGUGGAGAUCCCCAUCGUGGAGAAGGAGGUGCGGAGCCACCAGUCACACUACAAGAUGACGCUGGCCCCCAACUAUCGCCUGUCUCCGGAGGACGGGAAGGUGGUGAAAAUCCGCAAGAACCGCAACGCCGAAAGCGCCGUGACGCGGUACCGCCUUCUGGCUAGCUCUUCCGCCUGCUCUCUGCUGGAGCUCCAGCCCGUCACGGGGGUGAAGCACCAGAUCCGGGUUCACCUGGCCUACGGGUUGGGGUGCCCCAUCCUGGGGGAUCACAAAUAUUCGCACUGGAGCAAGCUGGCACCCCAGAAGCUUCCUGAAAUCACUUUGAAGAGGUUGAAGCUGGAGCAGAGCAAGGCUCGCCACCUCCCGCUCCACCUCCACGCCUACCGCCUCUCCCUGCCCCUGGGCGAGCGGAUAGACCUCGUCUGCAAGCCGCCCUUCUUCUUCCAAAAGACUCUGAAGAAGCUGGACCUGGACGUCGCUAAUGACUAACGAAGCAGGAUAGGAGCGGUACCGUCUAUCUUCCGCAUCUCCGGCACGUGGUAGCGCUGGGUCCGGCCGUUCCGCAGCGAUUUCCACCUUGGAGCCAGAGGUGUGAUGAAGUCCACGGUCUCUGCCGCUUGCCAGAGACCUCCUGUAUUGGUUACCGGUGUUGCUGGCUUCAAACCAGGUACCUGCGUGUGCUGCUUGCCCUGAUUUGGUGCAGAAACGUGGCUGGGCACGCUGAAGAGCCUCUUGUUCGGACAAACGAGGCUGGGUAGAAACUGGGCUUUGCCCAAUCCGUGUUUUGAACUUGUCUCUGAGCAAUAAAAGAUGCAGUGUUCCUGCCGGGGUGAAGGGUUGCGCGUCUCUCUGUGCUCAGGCCCGGUGGAUCUCGGUCCCUGGGCAGGUUUGAUCGCGCCUGGGUGCAGUCCCUCCCGGUUUGAGAGCCGUCGCUCGUCCCUCCGGAGCUGUUUAGCGGUCUCUCCCUCCUAUCCUGGCAUUCUGCGCUCAAAUUUGGAGACUCCCUUCAUUCGAAAAUCCAUUGAAAGUGCAAUUUGGCAGCGGCCGUGGGGAUUUUUUUUUUUGCUGUGCCAAGAGACUGCGCGGGGAGUUCCUCCGCUCGGCUUGGCCCGGCAGCUCCGGGACUCCCUCUGCUCUGUGCUGCCAGCAGUGUCGGCGCGGGUUUCUGGGCACUGACUACGCUGCCGGGAGAAACUUUUCUAUCCCACCGCCCCUUCCAAUUUCCCCAUCGCUUAUUUCUACACCCCGUUAUCGGGAUCCCUCUCCCUCGGGAGCUUGCCUUGGAGCCAGAUUCCUUCCCCCGUCCCCCGAGAGGGAAGCGAGUGGAGAGAUUGAAAAGCUGGGGAACCGCAGCUGAUGUCCUGCCUCAAAAUCGCAGCCGCCAGCGUUUGGUGUCUUCUUGGCCAGUCCCCAAAAUCUCGGGGCCGGGCAGCAGGACUUUCUCCAGCCCUCCGCCUGGUUUGGGUGCUGGAAAGGGCUCUUCGUACCCCACGAGGCCGUCGUGUACCUGGACUGGGGCUUCUCGGUAGGGUAACGCCCUGUCCCCUGCCUCCCCGCUCCUCACGCGGGGUGAAAAUAGCUGGGGAGCCCCACGCCCCUCGAACGCCCCGCCAGAAAUACAUCUGCUUAUGAGAGAGGGGCGUAAAACCAC